AUGAUUAGCUUCAGUGCUGAUGGCAAGAAAAGUGGUGAUGUUUGUCAAGGUACUCCUUACCCCAAGGGAGGAAAGACCCCUGCAAGUCGAGGCAAGUCAAACAAAUCUCUAAAAUCUAUUGGUACUUACUUACCACAAGCUUCAUCGAUGGAGUCUCUUCCCACGGAUAUCUUAGUAGAACUCCUUUCUAGGGUUCCAGUUGAAUCAGUUUUAGAGUGCAAAUUAGUUUGUAAACGUUUUGGAAGUCUCAUCCGCGGAAGUGAGUUUACCAAGAUGCACCUCAGACGCCAGCUUAACCAUCUCCAUGGUAGCGACCACGACGGCAAUGAUAAUAAGGUGGAGGAGCCAUGUCUCUUUUUUGCUUGCCGCAUCUCCAUGUCCGGCAACAGAACGUUGCUUUUCAAUGGAGGACAAGCAAGUGAUAGGAUUAGCGUUGAUGAGAAAUACAUUUACAAUCAAAACCUGAAAAGGAUCUAUCAUCCUCGUAUGCAUGAGGAGGAUAUGUAUAAUCACUUAGUUGGCUCCUGCAAUGGUUUGGUUUGCGCAUUCCAAAACCACAAUUUAGUUUUAGAUCCCAUCUACAUUUGUAAUCCCCUUACCAGAGAAUACGUUUAUCUUCCUCAACUAGUUUUAAACGAAGAAGACGUUGAUCCUGAUCAGCUUGGUCGUGUAAAGGGAGGAGAGGUUGACAUGUAUGGUCGUCUAGCAUGCGGAUUUGGGUAUGUUAGAUCAACUAAUGAGUACAAGGUUGUCAGAAUUCAUUACCCCAACGACUAUUUCGCAGACGGAAAUGUCGAAGUAUACACACUUGGCAGUGGUCGUGGGUGGAGAGCGACAGGUAGAGUUUUCUAUGGACUGGAGGGUAAAGGUACUUAUGCAAAUGAUGCUAUUUAUUGGAUUAGGCAAGACAAAUUAGUUGUGGCCUUCGACUUGGCUAAUGAAGAGUUUUGA